AUGUCAUACCUGGACUUCACCGGGGAGUUCAAUUCCAUCAAGAGAGCUCUGCUCGAGGAAUUGAAACGUGAUAAAUUUGUGCAGCGGCUUCAGAGUGAGAGGAAACCUCGCACCGUGGACGAACUCAGUUCUGAGGAAGAGCUCUUCUUUGAUGCCCCCGAGGUAGAUUCAGCGCCAAAACCUAAGGUUGAAGUUGAUGCGGGGCCGGUAAUUAAGCCUCGCAAACGACUAGUUCUUUCAGGCAUCGAGGAGCUCAAGCAGGCGAGAGAGAUCGAGCAAAGACCAAAGAAGAGGGUCCUUCUCACGGGAAUCCAAGAGUUGCGUGAGGCGAAUGAGAAAAAACCUAAGAAACGGGUCAAAUUAAUACCUAUGAUGCCACACGAAGGAGCGAAUGCUGCUGGUACCAACGAAGGUGCUGCACAGACUUUGAAUAGUGGAAGAUCAGCGGAUCAGGUGGGACCAGACGGUCAAAAGAAUUUCAAGGAAGAGGUCCCAGAGAAAAAUGUUCAAGACGGUAAUGAGAACAAACACAGGGCGCUAGAUUCGCUGUCUGACGGCAACGCCGGCGACAUUGAGCUCAUGAAGCGAAUCAUAAUGUCUCAGCUUACUGGUAGAGACUUCCCCUUCUUCGAUGAGUGUCUGCUUGCACCCACAUACAAAGAGAUCUAUAAGAUGCUACAGCACACAAUUUGCGACGGAGAAGGCACUUCGGGGCUUCUUAUCGGACCAAGAGGUACAGGAAAGUCAUUGGUGGUCAAUCGAGCCCUAGAGAACCUUCAGAAGCAAUAUGGCAGGCUGUUCAUCACCGUCAAACUCAAUGCUACCCAUCACAGUGAUGAUAAACUAGCCUUGAGAGAAAUAGCGCGUCAGUUAGAUGUCAAUGCCACCUCUGACGACGCUAACAAAAGGACGUUUGAGCAGCGUGCUAUCAGCGACACGUUCACCAAUAUUUUACUAGCGCUUGACUCUAAAACGCCAGGAGGCACCCCCAUAGUGUUUGUGAUUGAUGAGAUAGAGCGCUUUACAGGUUCAACGAAGCAGACUCUCCUAUAUAACCUUUUCGAUCUAUCACAAAGCUCAAAGGUACCUAUUUGUGUGCUUGGUAUAAGCACCAAGAUAACAACGAGAGAGCUACUAGAAAAGCGUGUUCGAAGCAGAUUUAGUCAACGAAUGAUCACAACUCAUGAAUCCUCAUCAAUCGAGGAGUUUUGGAAUAACGCAAAACUAUCUCUACUAGUUCACCCAACUGCGAUGGAAAAUUUCAAGGACAAACAAUACCCCAUACAAUGGAAUGAAAAGGUAGACGAAGCCUUCAGCCGCCCCUCCCAGCUCACUAGGGUGGUGUAUCGCAUAUUCUUCUCCACCAAAAAAUACCAGCAGUUCAAUAACUGCUUCAUGUUACCUGUGUCGCUCAUUACUCCCGGAAGCCCGUUUCUAGACGAUGGUAAAGCAGCGGAGUAUCUACUGAUGCAAUCUCACAGCCCCGUCCAGUCAAUUGUCAAGUCAUUAUCGAACACUGAGUUGUUGCUUUCCAUAGCCGCAGCUCGCUGGAUCGCCAAAGCAGACACUCCGCAUGUCAACUUCAACCUCGCUUACAAGGAGUAUACUGAGAUGAUGAAACAGUUCAAUGCAGAGGCCACCACGUUAUCGUCCAACACAUCGCACCUAGACAACUUCGUUCUUGCAGGAAUAAAAGUCAGCCAGCGAAUUUGGUCGGCAAAAGUCAUGCGAGACAGUUGGGACAAACUCUACCGCCAUGGCCUUUUGUUUGACAUCAUUACUAGCAACAACGAGGUGAACGCCAACAACAACCACAACAUGUACAAGCUUGUGGUGUUGGAUGCAUCGAAGACAUUGCAGCUCGAUGUGACCUUAGAGGAAUUGGGCCAGCUAAUUCCAGAGGGUGAUCUUUAUAAGAAAUUAACGAAGCUAUGA